GUUCGGUCGGUAGUAAGAUUAACACGUGCUAGGAUCCUACCUGCAAUGCGUGUCGCGAUCGUACUCUUUUUUGGGGUUUUUGUAUCCGCUUCGAAUUUGGAUUGGUGGAAAACCGCUCUUAUCUACCAAAUUUACCCGCGAUCAUUCAAAGACAGCAAUGGUGAUGGUAUCGGCGAUCUUAAUGGCAUAACUGAAAAACUUCCGUAUCUCAAGGAAACUGGCAUUGAUGCCGUAUGGCUAUCCCCAAUCUACCUGUCUCCAAUGUACGAUUUUGGUUAUGACAUCACGGACUACCGGAAAAUCUCUCCUGAGUACGGAACUAUGGAUGAUUUCAAAAGAUUACUAAGUGAGGCGAAGAAAUUAGGUAUUCGCGUUGUACUUGAUUACGUCCCCAACCACACAAGCAAUGAGAGUGAUUGGUUCAUCAAAUCCGCGAACAGAGAAUCUGGCUAUGAGGACUAUUACGUGUGGGCUGAUGGUGUUAAAGACACGGCAACUGGCGACCUCAAACCCCCUAAUAAUUGGGUCAGUCAAUUUCGUAAAAGCGCCUGGGAAUUCAACAACGCACGGGGACAGUAUUACUUGCAUCAGUUCGUCAUCGGUCAGCCAGACCUCAACUACCGCAACAACAAAGUUCAACAAGAAAUGAAGGAUGUGCUACGUUUCUGGUUAGAUUUAGGAGUGUCUGGUUUCCGAGUGGACGCUAUCAACAGAUUGUAUGAAGUUGAUCCAGCAAAUUACGGAGGACGCUAUCCUGACGAACCUCUCUCAGGAAUAAAUGGUACAGUACCAGACGAUUAUGAUUACCUCAACCACAUCUACACUCAGGAUUUAAAUGAGACGUAUGACGUUGUUUACGACUGGAGAGAUCUGCUUGACGAAUAUAUUACAAAGCAAGGCGAAUACAAAAUAAUGAUGAUGGAAGCCUACACUGACUUGAACAAAAUGAUCCGCUACUACGGCACUAAAACCAGAAACGGGUCCAUUCCUUUUAAUUUCAGUUUUCUCGGAGAAAUUAGUAGUUCUUCUAACGCUCGGGAUAUCAAAGCUGUUAUAGAUAAAUGGAUGACUUCCAUGCCUAGUGGAAAGACGGCAAAUUGGGUCAAUGGUAAUCACGAUCAAAGUCGAUUGGCCAGUCGUCUAGGAGUCGAUCGCGUUGACGCUAUGAACAUGCUAGCUCUCAUUUUGCCCGGUAUAGCAAUCACCUAUCAGGGCGAAGAAAUCGGCAUGACAGAUGGAUACGUCAGCUGGGAAGAUACGAAGGAUCCCCAAGCGUGCAAUACUGACGAUUCUGUAAAUUACUACAAGAAAUCACGUGAUCCGAGCCGCACGCCCUACCAUUGGGAUAGUUCGACCAACGCCGGAUUUUCUACCAUUACCGGGGCAACAUGGCUUCCGGUCGCCGAAAAUUAUAAUACUUUGAACUUGGCGCAGCAGAUGAAUAAUCCCAAGAGUCAUUACCAAUUCUAUAAAGACGUCGUUCAAGUCAGAAAAAACGCCGCCAUGAAAGAGGGAGACUUAGAUACGAGAGCUUUGUCUGAAUCUAUCUUAGUCGUCACCAGGUUACUUCCUGAUUCCCCUGGAGUCCUAGGUGUUGUGAACUUGUCAGGCAAGGCUCAGGACCUCGAUCUUACGUCACUGCACUUAUUACCUGACAAUUUGAAAGUGGUCGCGUCUGGAGUUAACUGCACUACUGAGAAAGGCACCACUUUGAAAAAGAACAAUGUGCCAAUAUCUGGAUACUGUGCCCUUCUUUUAGAAUCCAACGGCUGUCGACAACUACAGCCUUACUUUGUCUUGUACAUUGUCUUAUACUUAUUAUCGCGAUUUAUUUAAUGUUCCCGCUUAAGUAGAAAAUGUCAAUGUAUUUGUAAUAAAAAUUAUUAAAUAACUAUAUGUAUUUUUAAUUUA